CCCCGAACGCCCCGUUGUUUCUGAUACCGUACGAUGCGAGCUAUACGUGCGCAGACUCGCUUACACAAGAUAUUGAUGAGAUCGUAUUUCAAUACAUUUUAUCCGGGCAUACCCGAAAGGUAUUGAAAAUAGUUUUUUUUAGUGAGCGUUCCCAGCCCAGCUGUCACGUGGCUCGGAUCACCUAAAUACAAGAGCGGGGCGACAGGCUUUCGCUUUUACUUUGUCCUUGAUGAUGGCAGCACAGGAUUUCAACCUCUUACUUGCGACGGACUCAUAUAAGAUUACUCACUACAAGCAAUAUCCUCCAGGUAUCAGUAAGGUUUAUUCCUACUUUGAGUGCCGACGCAAAAAAGGGGGGCAGUUCAAUGAGGUGGUGUUUUUUGGCUUGCAGUAUCUUCUCAAGAAAUACCUAGCAGGUCAAGUUGUCACAGAGGAGAAGAUCCAAGAGGCUAAAGUCCUUUAUCAGAUGCACUUUAAACAGACCGUGUUCAAUGAAGAAGGAUGGCGGAAAGUUUUAGAGAAAUAUGAUGGCCGUCUUCCAAUCCGUAUCAAAGCAGUUCCCGAGGGGAAGAUCAUUCCUAGAGGAAACGUUCUCUUUACUGUGGAGAAUACCGAUCCAGAUUUCUUCUGGCUUACCAAUUAUAUUGAGACUAUGCUGGUUCAAAUGUGGUACCCCAUCACCGUGGCAACAAUCUCCAGGGAGUUCAAAAAGAUUCUGGCCAAGCACCUGAAGGCCACAUCAGGGAGCUUGGAGGGUCUGGACAUCAUGCUGCAUGAUUUUGGCUACAGAGGCGUGUCUUCACAAGAGUCAGCAGCGCUAGGUGGAGCUGCUCAUCUGGUGAAUUUCUGCAGCACAGAUACAGUAGCAGGUCUACUGAUGGCACAGCGAUACUAUGGAUGCCCUAUGGCUGGAUUCUCAAUACCUGCAGCAGAGCACAGCACUAUCAUCUCCUGGGGCAAGAACCGAGAGAAGGAGGCAUUCGAGUGUCUGUUGGACCAGUUUCCCUCUGGACCUGUAGCUGUGGUUAGCGACAGCUAUGACAUUUUUAAGGCUUGCAAGCACAUCUGGGGCGAUAAGCUGAAGGAGAAAGUGAUGGAGAGGAGUGAAGAUUCUGCCCUCAUUAUACGCCCGGACUCUGGGGACCCCGCUGAGACCCUCAUAGAGGUGAUGAAGAUUUUGGAAGAGUGCUUUGGUAGUUCUCUGAACUCUAUGGGCUACAAGGUGCUCCCGUCAUAUUUGCGCCUUAUCCAGGGUGAUGGGAUUGAUCUGAACUCGAUUGAUGAGAUUCUGGAGAAACUAAGCGAUGAAGGCUGGAGUGCGGAGAAUGUCUUUUAUGGUUGUGGAAGCUCUCUGAUGCAGAAGAUAAACAGAGACACGCUUAACUGUGCUUUCAAAUGUAGCUAUGUAGAGACUGAUGGCAAGGGCAUGGAUGUCUAUAAACAACCAGUCACAGAUCCAUCUAAAGGAUCCAAGCGAGGUCGACUCUGUCUAAGAAGAAAUUCAGAUGGCUUCAUAGAGACAGUGGAAAGAGGAGUAGGCAAACCAGAUGAGGACAUGUUGGUUACUGUGUUUGAAAACGGGACCAUACUACAGGAAUACACUCUGGAUGAGGUCCGGAAAGCUGCUCAGCUUUGGGAAGAGGAUGUGAGCCCUGCCCACCACAAUAAAGAUGAUGGAACUACUCUGGAUAUCCACCAGAAACGGAUAAUGAAUGCUUCUAUGAUGUUUGACAUCUGUAUUCCUGAUGCUGAGGAAGAUCUGCAGUGGGUUUAAUUACAGUGUACAUUGAUUAUUGUGUCACCGUCUUGUCGUGAUAUCAUGGAAAAACUACACAUUUCUUGUUUGACCCUAAAAACAUCUAAGUAGAAGCAGUUGAGCCUACCUCUUAAUAAUACUGUGUAAUAAUGAAGUAAUGAUCAUCUCGCUUUGAGUAAAUAGCAUACUGUUGUGUAAAUAUUCUUAUUGGUAGUUUGAAUGCUUGAGAUUUUAGCCUUGUUGCUUUUUUAUUUUACAAAAUUGAUAUUUUGAAUAAAAGACGAGCAAGCAGAAAAAAAUAUGAUAAUAAAUUUAGCUUUCUUAACUUAACUGGUACGCUGUCAUCCUUUCAAGAAUAUGUUUUGGCUAUUUUCAGACAAAUGACAAAAAGUGGUAGUUUCGUAAAUGAGGAUAAGAACUGGGUUUUCUCGAUUGAUCCCAUGUAGCAUAUUUGUAUUAUCCAAUUAUGUCACAUACAAAUGUAGUUACAAGGCGUAAUUUCUUUGUUAAAGACCCUGCCUUUUACAUUAAACAAAAAAGCUACGACAGUAUUUAAAAAAAGCAUUUAACCAGAACUGUGUGCCAUAUUUUUGCAGAAGCUUUAAUUCAGUUUUAUUCUAUUAGCAAUCUCAUCUUCAUUUUUGUAAUUGACAGAAGCUUUUAUGACGUAGAUCUUGUAAUGAAAGUGCGCCCUCUAUUGAAAAUAUUUAACAGUGCAUCUCCAAAAGUAUUUCUCUGAAACAUGAUUAAUAGAUCAAUCUUGGAGGUGAAUAAUGGCACAAUAAGAGAAGAAAUACUCAGGUAGGCUACUCCUUUGACGUCAGAUAUUUCUUGAAUCAGAAACUGGAUUUAUUUAAACGCAUUAUGUACCAAAAAUGUAAAUUUAAUCAAAUAUGCUAUUUUUUUAAAGCCAUUACAAUAUAACCAAAGCAAUAUUGUUAGAUAAUAUAAUAAUUAUGUGAAAUAAAUUGAUUAUAUAUACUUAUAUAUUGUUAUAUACUUUAUGGGUAGGCUAUAUACACUGUAUUUUUGAUAUGUAUAUUUUGUUGCAAUUAUGUUGUUAAUGUUAUUAUGCCAUUUUAUAAAUGUCAAGCUUUCCAAUGAGCUGUUUCGUAAGCACAGAAUUAAUUCAGCAAAGCAUUGUUUUAAUAGAAGUUAUGCAUGCUACUUACUACAACCAAAUGAUGUACUUCCAAAUGCAAGCUCUUUAAAAAACGUCACUAUGGUGCAAGGCUUGAUUUUUACCUUUAAUGUCAGUCAGGAAUAUUUAAAAUCGAAUCAAAGAGCAAAUACCAUUUAAUAAAGCAUCUUCAAAGGAUUUGCUAAUUGGCUAAUAUCGUCGCUGCUGAUAGGCCGCCCCGUGCUCAUUGGAUUAGUUGCUAAGCAACCCAUUUGCAAAGCGUGUUGUCAUGGAUUCAAAUGUUCCGGAUGCCCUCCAAAAUGGUCUGCUGACCACUGAUAACAGGGUGAGGGUUAAGGUAACACUCAUCUCUGAAUGUUUGCGGAUGAUUGUGUCACAUCUUUAUGGUAUUGUUUAAAUGUCAACGUGUGCGUGUUUUUCUUUAGAUAUUGUAUCAAGAUAGCAUUAUGUAGACGUGCACUGACAAACAAAUGUUAAUUUCACUGACUGCAAUAAAUUGUAUGCGAGUCUG